AUGUGGACCCCACAGGUGCCCUGGCCUGUCGUGUGGGCUGUGCUGCAGCUGGGGUGGCGGCCAGGAUGGCUUCUAGAUGUCCCAAACAGGUCCCUCAGCUUCUCCCCAGCCCGGCUCACAGUGUCCGAGGGGGCCAGCGCCACCUUCACCUGCAGCUUGGCCAGUAUGUCAGAAGACUUCGUGCUGAACUGGUACCGCAUGAGCCCCAGCAACCAGACCUACAAGCUGGCUGCCUUCCCCAGGGACCACAGACAGGACCCCCGCUUCCAAGUCACAAAGCUGCCCAAUGGGCACGACUUCAGCAUGAGCAUCGUGGCCACACAGCGCAAUGACAGUGGCAUCUACCUCUGUGGGGCCAUCUCUCUGCCCCCUACAGCGCAGAUCACAGAGAGCCCCCCUGCAGAGCUCACGGUGACAGAGAAAGAUGUGGAAUCUCCCACAUCACACCCCAGCCCCUCACCCAGACCAGGAGGCCAGUUCCAAAACCUGGUGGUGGUUGUCACAAGUGUCCUGGUGGGUGUCCCAGUGCUGCUGCUACUGGCAUGGGUUUUGACCACCAUCCGCCCUAUGGCCACUCAAGUGGACGCCUUGCUCUGCAAUUCAUGCUCCAAACUGGGGCCUCCUCAUCACUGGAAUGGUGGGGCCGGAGGAGGAGCCCGAAGUGCCGACCAAACCCUGAAGGAGGACCCCUCAGCCAUGCCUGCGUUCACCGUGGACUACGGGGAGCUGGACUUCCCAAAUAGAGAGAAGACCCCAGAGCCCCCUGCUCCCUUGGUCUCUGAGCAGACAGAAUAUGCCACCAUCGUCUUCCCCAAUGGGCUAGGCAUCUCGUCCCCAGGCCACAGGGGCUCAGCUGACAGCCUUCAGGAUCCCUGGCCUCUGAGGCUCGAGGAUGGACACUGCUCUUGGCCCCUCUGACCAGCUUCCUCGGCUGCCAGUAUCCUUCAGACCCUCUGCUAAGAGCCCAGGGUAGGCACCUUCCCUGGAGCAGGGUGUGAGGGUUCAGCGUGCCCAGGGCUUGAGCUACCGGGAGACAACCCAGACCUGAGCCACCAUCACCACAGGACUCUGCAUUAAUGCCACUGUGAGCCUGGACA